ACCGGCUUCCAGAUCUUCCGUGAGCAGGAGGUAGACUCGAUGAACAUACCAUAUCCCCAGACAUGUCGCACUGCCCUAACACAAACUGUCGAAUGUGACGACUAUGUUGAAGGCUAUGCUAUCAUGGGCUACCCAGGAUCUUUUGAUAACAAAUCACUCGCCGAUUCUGUGUGCGAUCCUAUAUGUGACAAGAGUCUUAAGAGCUGGUUCGACAAUGUACAAGAGAACUGUGCUGGGUUUACUGAUGAGGACAACAUCCCGCUCACUCUGCUUGGUGGACAUAUGUGGGCAAGUCUGAAUGCCACCUGUUUGAAAGACCCAAAUUCGCCCAAUCUCUCAGGAUACUGUAAUUUAGAUACAAUUGACGGAUUCUAUCGAGCUGCAACCAUCCAAGACAUGCCUGUAAAUGAGGUGUGUUCGUUCUGCUUUAUGGGAAUCAGAUCGAUAAUGCAAAGCUCAGCCUACUCGGCUUAUGACAAGGUUUAUCAAGCUGAGCUUGACUAUAUCAACACCAAGUGCCGGAAAGUUUACCACACCGAUACUAAACCCUCGCUUUUUUCUCCACCGCUAGAUACUCCUUGUCCUGCCGAGCAGGCGUAUGUCACGAAACAGGGGCACAGUUGCGACAGCAUUGCAUUGCAGCAUUCAGUGUCAUCGGCAGCAAUAUUCAUGGGCAACAAUCUCAUCAUCGCUAAUUGCAGCAGCAUUCCAUCCACUGUAACACUAUGCCUUCCUUCUCCCUGCGGAUCUACCUAUAUUGUCCAGCAAAACGAUACUUGCACCAGUAUUGAACGCAGCCACCUCCACACAUUGAACACUACAAGCGGUGACGUUCGCAAGUAUAACCCGUGGGUCGAUCAGGCCUGCAUGAGCCUCUGGAAUGCAAGCGAUAUAGCUUACGGUCACGUCAUAUGCCCAUAUCCACAGAAUAGGCAGCAUUCGUCGAACGCUUCCACCGUGGCACAAAACAACAAACAAAUUGGAUACGCCUACACGUUGCCCGUUGCGCCCCCAACAAAUGCCACUAUCGCAAAGGGCACAACCGACAGAUGUGGAGCCUGGUAUACCGCAGUGCAAGAUGAUACGUGUGUGGCUAUAACUCUCAGAGGGCCAACUACCAUUGAUAUCUUCUUCUCUGUGAACCCGUCACUUGGAACUGAUGCAUUCCAAUGUGAUGGCAAGCUAGUUGUUGGAACCACAUACUGUCUAUUACCAGUCUACAAUUGGGAUUACUACUAA